AAUGGCUUAGAAUACUAAAAACCUCCAGCUUAACUCGAAAACUAUCAUACUAGAGAGUAGAGUCAAUCGAAUUGUCUUAGUUAGCGGUCGUAGCGUAACAAUCUACUAGUGAUGUUCUGCUAAUAUUCUGUAAUUUCUUAGAGAGGAUGUUACCGAUAUUUCUUUAUAUUUUGUGUAUAUCAGAAUUUCUUGAAGAGCCGCAGACAACAAUGCGACGUCUGGUUUGACGGAUUUUAUAAUUUUAAUAUAUUUCGGAAUGUCGCAGUGAUGGUUAUUCAAGUAAAAGGAAGGUAUAUUUUUAUUCGUUUACCAAUAUAUCAAGCGGUUUGACAGAGGAAAAUACUUUGAUGAAUGUGUCUUGAGAUUAAAUAUAUGGUAAAAAAUAGAAUGAUCUAACGAAAAUAUCAAGUUCGAUGCAGUUUUCUGUUCAAGAUAUAUCGCAAUUCCCCAUCUUAUCAGAUAUAAUACUUAUGGAAAAUAUAUUAAUCACUUACUUUGAAAUGAAAUUUGGAUUUAUUGAUGUGAUGCUAUCUUCGCCAAUGCUUUUAUUCGUUUUGAUGUAGUUUUUGUGUAAUGGAGUACAGGGAAACUCGUAUCUGACAUUAAGUGCUCGGGAAAUACAUCUGGUUUACUGAGAAUUGCCGGUGUAGCGGAAACAUGUUGAAUUAAUUGGUACAAGAUUGAUAUUUUUAUAUCAAUGUCGAUUUGAAAGGAUAAUGUUUAAAUGCACUCGCUGGAAUAACUCUCAUGGUAAUGAAACUAGACAAGAUAAAUUGAAACCUAUACGAGUCUGUGAAGUAAGAUUCAAUAAUCGUCUGGAUUACAUCAAAUGAAGUUUACGGUCUAUGCCUAAAUGAUGCAGGGACCUUACGAGGUUCAAAUAUUAAAAUACAAUUUACGUGGAUCUCUGUCAUCCUCAUUUUUCUAAUGGACGGACGUGCCUGAUUUAUUAUGAGAUAAAAAGAGUUUAUUUUGGUGUAUUUUAUUUUGGAACGUAUCAAUUAUGUCUUAAAUGCAUUUUUAAAAAUGCUUCAUCUUGUACAAGAUAAAAAUGUCAGAAUGAAUUUAUAAUUUAGUUUUAAUAAUCAGAACUGCAGUAUUGCAAGGCAGUGUAAACAGUUCUAUUAGCCACCUCUGGCUUUAUAAGAUUAUGUAUCUCUUUUCAUGAGUUUACUUGAAUUAGCGAUGAACUAAAUGCAAAAAGGAAGAUAAAACUUGUCAUUAAUGAUGGAAACGGAACAGUAGUCGGUUAUUACUUGCUAAUGAUAUCUGAGAAAGUCUGAGAAUAUAAUAAUUUACAAACCUAGCGAUAGACUGCUACUGAUUCUCGCGGAUAUUGCUGUUCAAGGGAGGUUAUUUGUAGUUCCAUCAGGAUGUGUGUGCUUAUUUCUUCCUAGUUAAGGAUAAGGAAAUAACAUUAACAAGCUUUUAGAGGAUCGUAAAGAACCAUAUAAUGUUUUGUGUUUAUUGGAAUUAAAAUACCAACAAAACAUGGGUUGUUUUAGAUAUUUUAUUCGCAUUCGUAACAUAUAAUAAAUUUUUCCAAUGCUAUAAAAUGUUUGAUUCCGCAGAAGUGUGUGUUAUUUUUUAGAAUUGACGCACGUUUUAUUGUAUUGAACACGUUAAAUGUAUGUUAUCCGUGGAUCUAAAUUCAUUGUGACAGAUGUUCUUAUUGGAGUCCUGGACGAACCUGGUACAGAAAUAUUUCUUUACCGAAGCGUUUCAUGUGUAAAAAUAAUAAAUCACCCUGACCGAGCAGAAUUUAACACACCAUUUCCCCCAAGGAAGAUGAAUUUAAAAUUAAGCCAGAGAUAAAAAUAAAACGGAAUUAAAGCAUGCAGUGAAUCGGAACAUAUUUCCUGAUUAAAUCUGGAUUUUACAAAGUCGGCUUCGCGCGUUUUGUGUGCAGUGAAGGAAUAAAAUCUAACGUCAUAAAAGUGAAUAAUGCAUCACUUUAUCGCAUUGUUUGGAUUAUUAACAUUGGAAUUAAUACGAAUUAUUGUAGCAGGUUCGACAACUACUUAUCACAUUGAUACCUGUGAUGAAACUGGUCGUAAGGCUCUUUUCUGUGAAGAUGGGGAGGUUAUUCAGAUUGUAGAUGUUAGACUUAUGCCGCAUAACUUUUCAAGCCUUGAGAGAGAUGUAGUGGCCAACCUUUGCAAUGGUCUUAACUCGUGUUCCUUUGUUGAUCUCAGAAAACAACUUUUCUAUUACUGCCAAGAUUACCCGAAUAAACAAGUGUACACGUCCUUUAAGUGUAUUCCAGCUAGCGCUAAACCUGUCUGUCGUACAAACAUCUGCAGCGCUGACAACCCAAAUAUAAAGUGUCGCCGUGGUUAUGUGUUCCAUCUCAUAGACACGAAAUGUUUCAGCAUGUCACAAAACUGUCCAAAAGAGGUAUUCGUGCAAAUUUAUAGGACAUGUGAGGGCCAACGUCAGUGUCAACUUUCAAUUAUAAGGGCAGGAAUACCACAAAGCAUUUGUAACGACAGUCUGUUUCGUCAACAAAACUUAUUCAUGGACUUUAUAUGUGUUGAUAAAAGUGUCGUUACGUCAACGUGUUCAGGACAUUUUAUUGACCAGAAACCAAGGUUUGGUAUUCUACAGAAUAGUGGCUAUCCUAACAACCCUAUAGGUAAUAAGGACGGAUGCUACUGGGUUAUAUACCGUGACAAAACUACUCCAGAAGAAAUUGAAGUUACUGUACAUGAGGCGUACUCUGUGGAAGGUCAACACCUAUGCGAUUCUCAAUUUUUGCAGGUUCAAUACACCUUAUGUGAGACACUUCAACAAACAAUAGAUCGGUUUUGUGAUGAAGGUCGAGUCAAUGUUGUAAUCAGGUCAUGUGGUACUGUCUAUGUCACACAUUACAAAUUUCUUAAGGGAGAAGACCGAGGAAACCGAUUUUUGGUAUCUUAUUCAGUGAAACAACCAUCUGCAUCUAUAGAACCUUAUGAACAGUAUGCUUCGCCGUGUGAGAAACGAAACUCUGCCAUAUUUACAGUGCGAUAUACAUUACCACAACCCCAGACAACCAAAGCCACGGCAUAUGUCAAACCUACGACAGGUCGUCUGCUGUUACCAGAGGACCAACCUAUCAACGACAGUAGUGUAGGGGACCCAGAAGUUGAGCCGACAAAAGAAGUAAAGAAUGAAGAUAAGGAAUCUUUUGACCCUUGGCGUAUGGUUACACUUCUACGAGUAGUGGUAGUUAAUGUCUUCCUUGGUUUGCUUAUAGUUGCCCUCAUAAUGGCGCUAGCAUUUGUUUGCUACCGAUCAAAUUUCAGAUACAUAAUACUUGGAAAGGAAAAGAAACGGGAGACAGCCAAAAAAAGUGAGACAGCUACUACACUAGAUGACAAGCAGAGUACGGAGAUGCAACUUUUACCUCAAGAUGGUGAAGUUGUGCCGUCAUCUUCUAACAGACAAGGUGAUAAAUCUCAUGAAAGCCCUUGUUCAGAUAUAAAACAAGACUCUUCUACGUACGAGACAACGAUAUUUCACUUCAAUAGACCUAAUACGGAUACUGACGAUGAAACAAUAUUUUGUGAUUCGGGUAGUGGAGUCUCGUCUUUCCUACCACACCCACCGUUACGUAGAAGUAACGGAAAACAACAAAAUGCUGAAUCAGCGUAUUCAAGCCUUGAUGAUGAGCAAGAAGAUUUAGAAGUAUAUUCACAAAUUCAUGAUCAUCAUAGAACGAAUUACGAAGCCGUUCCUAAUAGGAAUGUACCCAAUAAUUUAAGUGCUCAACUAGUAAAGCAACUUUCAAUCGACGAUGAACGUCGGCAAACAGGUGAAAUGCCUUUACAAAAUUUAUCACAUCAUUUGAAUAUAAAUGAAGACAACUACGCCGUUGUGAAAAAAAUUCCAAAUCAUAGAAAUCACAAAUAUCAGUCAGAUUCCCCUGAUGCGCAUCAUCACAACGUUAUCGAUAAUUGCAAGGAAAGUGAAAAUCGUCAUAUCCACGCUGUGCCUGAAGACAAUUAUUCACGUGAUCAUAUGUCUGCUACUACAAUGCAACUUAUACCAGAACAUGAUUGUCUGUUACAUAAAAUACCUCCUCCUCCACCUCCACCUACUCGAGUUCAAGCUUUAGACUCUCCGGCAACAAGCAGCUAUUCAUCCGUGCAAGCAGACGUAUAGCAGACGUUUUACGUUAGACAUAGAAUAAAAGGAGACGCAAACCUAAAGUUUAUAUCAAUACUUUUGGUUUACAAUAAAUUAUCUUAUGUUAAUAAAGAUUUUUUGUUUUUAAUAGCUUAAGAAUGUUUCAAGUAAUGUACAUUUCUUUAAGUAAAUACCUGAUGAAAUAAGGUAAAAUAAGUUUUUGAUUUUGAUUAACAUUUGUCUGCCUGUUACUUUAAUUCUGAACAAGAAUAAAAUAAAUCAACUGUGGAAGAACUUCAUUUUUAGUUUGAUGGACAUGUACAAAAAGAGUAGUGCUUCCGUUGAUUGUAAUUUCAUUAAAUGAGCAAAUACAAUGAUUUGAUAGAUGAGAUGACUAUUAAAGUGAUGAUUAAAAUCAAAAUAUUCAGAACAAAAACUCAUUUAUGAGCGAAUCCAAUCAAUGUUUCUGACGUUGUCUUUUAUUCUUAAAUCCAUGUAUAUUUUCAUAUUACAUGUUGAUUUAAUUACAAACAACUGUCUUAAUAUUUUACAACUUUUGAAAUUUAUACAUUUAACAGGUUGUUCAUUUUGUUUUGAAAUACGCCCAAACAUGUUAUUUAACUAAACAAAUGUUUGAAUAAUAUAAACUGAUUGACAACAUUUUUAUGAGUAAAGUAAGCUCAUAUCAGUUAGGACAUUGUUCUAUUUAACAAGUAAUAUUUAGCAAUCAAUCUAUCUUAGUUUUUAAUUACAUAUUAAAAAUCAAACAGCGAGACUUAGAUAUAAGCACAAUUCUAAAAUGACUAUGUAUGUAAUGAUAUAUGUUUUUUUAUCAAGGUCAUUCUCCAUUGUUCACAAUAAUUUAUGAUAUCAGACCAAGCUUUGUAUUAACAUUUGUAUUUUAUGCGACGCUGUGAUAGGUUACAUAUUUAUAUAUAUUUUGUUUUAUUACAAUUCAUGUUUUAAACAUUAUACAAGUAUGUGCACAGAUAGGUGUAUAGUAAGUAAAUAAUAAAACGAUUUUCAUUCCACUGUACCAAUAUUGCCAAAACGUAUUUGUUUUAUUCAUUAAUAGUCAUGCAUUAUUUUAUAUUGUUUGUUUAUCUGUUUGAUAAUGUCAGUGUCGAUAUAGUCUUUUAAUACAGAUCAUACAUAGAUAGCAGGUAUGUUUAUGUUUAAAUAUAAAUUUAAUGAUGAUAAUGAGAUCGUUUUCUCUUCAUUAUCUAAAACAAAAAGUUGAAAGCGACUUACUUUUUAUUGUUUGACCUUCACUGAUGGUGGUCCAUAUUAAAAUUGCUAAUUGUGUAUCCGUGAUUCUACGUGUCUACGUGUGCCUGGAACAAUACACGAUGAGAGUUUGAGGUCUCUCUGCACUUGUAAAGCUGUGCAUUUGCAAUAUUUGACCUUGACUCAACAAUGCAAAUGGUUUGAAUGAAAUGAUAAAAAUAAAUUGAUUUUUUCGUUUACUCUCAUUUUGUAUGUCCAGGUGUAUUUAAUGAUAUAAUAAACAUAUAACUUAAAUGAUGAUAAUAAACAUAUAACUGAAAUGGUGGAAAUACCUUAGUCUAAAAACAUACUGUUAACAUAUUGAAAUGUCGUGUGUAUUGUGAAAUAUACAUGAGAGUUUAUGAUAUAUUUGUUGCAUAUAAAGAUUUUAUGUUUAUACAAAUAAAUGUUACAUGAA